AUGACUACUGGAAGUUCACUUAAAGGUUAUACUAUAGGAACUACUCUAGGUGUUGGUUCAUUUGCCAAAGUUAAACUUGGAGUUGAUAAAAGUAAUGGUAAACAAGUGGCAAUAAAGAUAAUUGAUAAGAGUAGAAUGGCAACGAUGGGUUUAAUAGGGAAAUUAUCAAGAGAAAUCAGUGCACUUCAAGGCUCAUAUCAUAGGAAUAUAAUACAACUUUAUGAUAUCGUUGAUACUCCUGAUACUAUUUUCUUAAUUAUGGAAUAUGUCGAUGGUGGUGAAUUAUUUGAUUAUAUAUCACAAAAUUCAAGACUUUCUGAAGUUGAAGCUAUUCGUAUUUUCAGACAAAUACUUUCCGCUGUUGAUUUCUGUCAUCGUAAAAUGGUAACCAACCUACAGGUAUUAGCUAGUCUAGGUACUUUAAGGCUAUUAGGUAGUUAUCUAAGGCUAUUAGGUACUAUCCUAUUUAAGGGUAGUUUAGGUACUCCGUUAUGUCAUCGUGAUUUGAAACCAGAAAAUAUAUUAAUUGAUCGAUUUAUGAAUAUAAAAUUGGGAGAUUUCGGAUUAUCAAAUUUCAUGAAAGAUGGUGAAUGUCUUAAAACACCUUGUGGAUCACCAAAUUAUGCAUCACCGGAAGUAAUUUGUGGUAAACCUUAUGCUGGACCUGAAAUUGAUAUUUGGUCAUGUGGUAUCAUCCUAUACGUACUACUUUGUGGUAGUUUACCAUUUGAUGAUGAUGAAAUACCAACAUUAUUUGGUAAAAUCAAAUUAGGAAAAUUUUAUGUACCGGGACAUUUGACAAAUGAUACAAGAUGGUUAUUACAUAGAAUGUUAGAUGUGAAUCCACAGACGAGAAUAACAAUGAAGGAAUUAUUAUCGCAUUAUCUAUUAUCAGGAUUUGAUACAAUAGGGCUCCAAAUGGAAGAUCAUACAUAUAUUAAGCUAGGUAAAUGUUUUCCAAAUGAAAUUAUUGAAUACGUUAACCAAAAUUAUACUGUGGAUCCGUAUAAUCCACAUAACGUCCAUGUUGAAACUCCGAAAAAUGUCUUCACAAUUGAUAAUGAUAAUCAUACUUGGAUACUAGGAAUUCAUGGUAUUAAAUCAGAAUUCGCAUGUAUAAACAAAAUUUGUAUGUAUUUGGCGGAAAGAGGAUAUGUAUGGAAUUCAAGAACAGGAUAUAGAUUAUUAUGUAAACAUCGUGAGAAGCCAUAUAAUUUCGUGUUUCAAAUUUAUAAAUUGAGAUACAAGACAUAUUUACUCGAUUUACAAUUAUCAUCAGGACCAAUUUUCCCUUGCCUACAUGAAGGACAAAAAAUACUCAAUGAGAUUAAAUUAAUCUUAUUUAAUCAUUAA